AUGACUAACACUAUCCCACAACGUUUCUCUUCUCAUACUCAAGAAGAAGUCCUUAGAAAUAUUCAGGGAUUAAUUCAAAAAGUUCAAUCAUCAUUAUCAAUAAACCCUGAAACAACUGAUAUUCUCUAUCAUCAUUUGGAACAAAUACAAGGCUGUACUAACAUAGACCAAUUAUUAAUUUUCUUAUAUCCAUUAUUUUUUGAUUUAUAUAGAAGUCCAACUCUCUCAUCUUCAAUGAAACAAAGAAUGGUUUCUUUCUUCUUAAAUCUUCUUGAUUCAAUGAAUCUUGCUGUCAAUUUUAAUUCAAUGAAUGAAUAUAAUAAUGGAUUUAUUCAAUCUAUUCAACGCAUGGAUCAUUUAAGAAAGAUAGACAUUAAUACUAUGCUUGAUCCACUUUCUUUUGACUUUUCUCAUACCCUCACUGAAAUUCCAAUGAGAGAAAAACGUCAAAAAUUAAAACAAUUAAUAGCCAAUGCAAAUUGUUAUCAAACCCAAGCCAUUUAUACCAUUUUACUAAACAAGGUGAAUGGAUGGGAUUUUGAGAUUAAUGUAGAUUCAUUUCCCGAUGAUAUAGUAGAAGAGUUAUUAGACAUGUUUGAUGAUCUUACUUUCUACUGUUAA